GUCUUUCCUCAUCAGUUUGCGCGUGGGGGUCGGUGGCAGAUGAGAGCCAGUGCACAACUGCCAAUCCUGGGCUACAAACUCGGGGGUUGAAACUGCCCUUAGUCGGUGCGUCCAAGGAAAGUCUCCCCUAAUGUAAAUUAAUUUCCCGGAGGUUGCCUUCGCCUUGGCCGAGGGGCGUUUCCGGGCCAUUUACCCAGGGUUGUUUGGUAAAUAAGGAUGCUCCCGAAGUACCUGCGUUUGGAAAGGCGCUCGCUUGCGGCGCGCACUCUCGCGCCCCAGCCCGGGACCAGGUGGCGGGGACGAGGGCUUUGGUUUUACCCAUUGAAGAGAGAGAAGGACCAGACUGGUGGAGGCUCCUCCUCCAGGGAUGCUGGAGGGACUGCGUCGUUCCCUGCGCCUAGCCCUGGCGCCGGGCCCCCGGCGGUGGCAGCCCGCGCCGCGCAGUCAGUGCGCCGGGGCUUGGCCGCGCCGCCCGCUCUCGCGUCCAGCCGCGCUCUGCGUGCCGCCGCCGCUCUCCGCAGCCCCGCGCUCCGGGAGCCUUCCCAUGGCCAGCCCGACCCGCGCCGCUGCGGCCCUCGCCCGCCAGGACUGCAAUAACGGAUGCUCCCCAGAAUGUACCGGAGAAGCGGGAUCAAAGGAGGUGGUGGGGACUUUCAAGGCGAAAGAUCUAAUAAUCACACCAGCCACCAUUUUAAAGGAAAAACCAGACCCAAGCACUCUGGUUUUCGGAACCGUUUUCACAGAUCACAUGUUGACGGUAGAGUGGUCCUCAGAGUUUGGAUGGGAGAAACCGCGUAUCAGGCCUCUUCAAAACCUGUCGCUGCACCCUGGCUCAUCAGCUCUCCACUACGCCGUGGAGUUAUUUGAAGGAUUGAAGGCAUUUCGAGGAGUAGAUAAUAAAAUUCGACUGUUUCGGCCAAACCUCAACAUGGAUAGAAUGCAUCAAUCUGCUGUGAGGGCCACUUUGCCGGUAUUUGACAAGGAAGAGCUUUUAGAGUGUAUUAAACAGCUUGUGAAAUUGGAUCAAGAAUGGGUCCCCUAUUCAACAUCUGCUAGUCUGUAUAUCCGUCCUACAUUCAUCGGAACUGAGCCUUCUCUAGGAGUCAAGAAGCCUACCAAAGCCCUGCUCUUUGUAAUCUUGAGCCCCGUGGGGCCUUAUUUUUCAAGUGGAACCUUUAAGCCGGUGUCCCUGUGGGCCAAUCCGAAGAAUUACGGCUCAUCCCUUUUUGCCCAGUGUGAAGCAGCGGAUCACGGCUGUCAGCAGGUCUUGUGGCUCUAUGGAGAGGAUGAUCAGAUAACAGAAGUUGGAACUAUGAAUCUUUUUCUUUACUGGAUAAAUGAAGAUGGAGAAGAAGAGCUUGCAACUCCUCCGCUAGAUGGCAUCAUUCUUCCAGGAGUGACAAGACGGAGCAUUCUGGACCUGGCACACAAGUGGGGUGAAUUUAAGGUGUCGGAGAGGUACCUCACCAUGGAUGACUUGACAACAGCCCUGGAGGGGAACCGAGUGAGGGAGAUGUUUGGCUCUGGGACAGCCUGCGUGGUUUGCCCUGUUUCUGAUAUACUGUACAAGGGUGAGACUGUACACAUCCCAACUAUGGAGAAUGGUCCGAAGCUUGCAAGUCGGAUCUUGGACAAAUUGACUGAUAUUCAGUACGGAAGAGAAGAGAGCAACUGGACAAUCAUAGUGUCCUGAAUGGAAAAUGCAGGCUAUCAUCUGUGUGCUGUGGAGACUGACUAUUGCAGUUGAAUUACGAUAGAUUUCUUUAGCUACCUGUUUUUAGUUGUGCAUAAUGUAGUUUGUAUUAUCGGUGUUACCGGGGUCAUUGUUUCCUCACACCAGAGAAAAUGAAUUGCAAUCAAGUGGUCUUUUGUAAACUUGGUGGUAGAAACUUACUUUACCUUCUCUUGGAAAGAUGAUCGUGUAAGCCAUAGAGCAUAGAAUUUUCCUCAGUAAUCUUAGUGCCUCCCUUAUUACUUUACUCAGAUACAGAAGUGUUUAUUCCUUAGCAUAAAUUAUGUUCUGCUCCUCAACCAAACGAGUUUGUGUUUGAAAACUGAUCUGAGUAAAUUUCAUAGGUAACAUUUCCUGUGAUGUAUCGUCAUCUUCAGAAAAUGGUUGGGUUUUGUUUUGGUUUCUUAUCAUUAAGACUUCAAAAAUUGGUCUCCUUCCCUUCACUUUUUUUUUUUUUGCAGGCCCCCCGCACUAUGUCCAUCUUAAGGUAAAUCUCUCCCCUUCUUCCUGAUGUCACAGUCUGCUCCAAGUUCUCCUUGCACAUCAGCAAGACCUGUGCACAUUUCCACCCUUGUUCUUUCUGCACUGUAUUGUAGUUGGCUGUUUGUCAGGCUCUGAUACAAGCUUGAGGGUCUUGUGCCUUAGAGAUCUUUGUAGUCCCCUGCCUGACACAUAAUAGAUACUCAUUAAGUAAUGAAUGAACAUUUAGCUUCUAUAGAAGUGUACCACCUUUGUUUCUAUAUUAUGAAACCUCUUUAUUAGAAUUCGUGGUUGAUUCUGAUGUUGUGCACAUGUACCUCAUAUUGCCUUUAUUUUCCAGGGACUGCUAAAUCGUUAGAGAUACUCAAAGACAUAACUUGUUGGAGGGAUUAUUUUGUAUUUGAAGACUGUCUUGGAAUUGAAAUAACAGCUCUAGCGAGGUUGUGAUAUCACACCAACCAAAUGGAAAUGACAUAUGUUAAGUGUUAAAUACAAAAUAAAUCCUCAUAUCUAGCUUUUUGGUAGAAAGCAAAGAGGUGUAUACUUUGCUUGUAUAGGUGUUCAUUUCUGUUGAAUGGGGAUUGGGUGAUCACGUGGUUAGGAGAGGGAGAGCAAUUCUGGAUGUUAUUUUCCUCAUUUAGGAGCUGUGAGUUAAAAUCAAAUCCUGGUUUAUCUAGGGGAAAGUCAGAUCUUGCUAGAAAACAUUUACCCUUGGAAGGUCAACUCUGAGACUUUAUAUUUCGGUUUCCCUCAGUUCUAAUAACUUUCAUCUUGCUGAUCAUAUUUCAUUCUCUUCAGAGCAAGGGAAAAACAUUUCUAAAAGUUUGAUGUGUUAGAAAAAUUUCCUUAAGGCAUUUAGCAGCACAUAGCAAAAGGGGCUUUGAUUCUUUUUCAAGACUUUUGUUUGGCCAUAGGGUCCUUUUAGAUAGGAAUGGUAAAAUGAAAAUUAGAGAAGUAUAAGAUGAAAAGGAAUAGUAAAAAAUAUCUUUUAGGGGGCUUUUAAUUGGUGAUCUGAAGUCUUGGAAGAGUCUUUUCUUUCCAGGGCUCAAGUGCUUUAACUGUCCUCUACACAUAUUCAUCAAGUACUAUUCUUUGCCUCGGCUAAAUCCUGUGACCUCGUUUUUAAUAGAGUAGUCUAGAAGAGACUUAAAGGUAAUUCUAACCUGUCAAGUAGCACUUAAUAACUAGACUCACAUUUCUGUGAGAAACAGAAAUCAUUUGUUUGCCAUAAAUACAUUUUAUACUUUGCAUCUCUAAAUUGAGUGUGGCAACACAUGUCCGUUCUAGAAGUUAGAGAACAAUAUGUCUUGACAUUAUGUCUCUCUGAUUUCUUUCAUCAGACCUUAAGAGGAUUUUAAGCCCUCUCUCCCAGAUGGAGUGAAAACUAAGGAUAUACAUUUUAAAAAACUGGAGGUCUCCUAAAACAGAGAACACAAUCUGCCAUUCUCUUUUAAGUAAUAAGACAGAAAAUUGACCUUGACACUAACUUGUUAAGUAGAUUUAAAAGGAACAUCUGCACAUCUUUUUUCCUUGUGCACUAUUUGUUUAAUUGCAGUGGAUUAAUACAGCAAGAGUGACACAUUAUAACUAGGCAAUUAUCCAUUCUUCAAGACUUAGUUAUCCUAACACUAAUUGAUCAUUUAUGGCGUAAGAUAGUCUAGCAUUAGGAACAUGUGAGGCUAAUCUGCUCAAAAAGAUCAACAAAUUAAUAUUGUUGCUGAUAUUUGCAUAAUUGGCUGCAAUUAUUUAAUGUUUAAUUGGGUUGAUCAAAUGAGAUUCAACAAUUCACAUGUGCAUGAAUAUAAACAGAACUGGUGGCACUUAGAAUGAUAAUGAUUAACUUAUUUUGCAUGUUCUCUUCUUCCCACUUUUUUUCAGUUUUUACAUUUCAGACCAAGUCUGUCAGCGUUUUCCGAAACACGUGGGGAGAAACCACGAUUUUAAAAUGAAGCGUUCAGACAUAAACAAAACUUGGGCAUUUCCUAAAGAUAUUUGCAAUUAGAAAGUUUCUUGGUUAUAGUCAUUUUUUAAGGAUUCCAAUCCCGAUGCACCCAAAGAAGCAUCAGCUGGAGGGCUGAGCAGACUUCUCUCCAGCACCUGCAACUGGCAGGAAUGAAUACACUAAUACCUGUUUUUACCUUUGCUUUUGAAAGUACAAAGGAAGAGGGAAAAGGAAAGAGAAAACUUGUUAGGGAAUCAUCAUUUUUUUUCUACUUGGUACACACCCUCUCUUCUUUUCUCAGAAUAUUACCAUAAGGGGAACGGAAAAAAAAGGUCACAGCCAGUAGCAGCAAGAAAGUGCAGUGCACCACCACCUCCGUGACAGGCGGCAUCCAUGCUCCUAGAGUUAGGGGGAGCCUUACGCUAGACGCCGUAGGUUAAAAUUCCUCAUUGAAUCCGUUUCACUGCUUGAUGUAAUUGUGCCUAAACGGGCUCUUGCUUUCCUCACAUCAGCGCCCUUGAGCACUGUGGCAAUUAAUGAGCGUAUCUUGGUCAAAAGGAUCGUAGGAGCCUUUUUAUUAAGGUGGUAGAAUCAGCCCCCUCCACUUUAGGGGAGUUGUGCUACACGAUCAGCUGCCAGAAUAAGUUUAUUAUUCUCCCCAUUCCCACUCAGCGCCCAGUCACUGUGUUCUUUUUCCUUAAAAAGUUCCUGUUUAAAAAGUCUAUGUUCGGUUUACCGUUACGAUUGGGAAAAUGCGUUUAUCGUAAGCAGAAAAUGACCACACUUGUUCACUGUAUCUUUUCUAAAAUACUUCGGGCAAUCAGUAUUCAUCAGAUGGACUAAAGCAAAGGGCUUCGGGGUUGGAGAAGCAUGGUAAGGAUCCCCUAUUUCAUGUUCUGAUGCUUAAUGGGAGAAAAGAAGUCUUUGUAAUGUGGAUUUCUUCUUACGUGGAUAUGCAGAAACUUAAGUUAUAAGUAGUAAAGCUCACAAAUAGUUUUGGUGGACACAUCACAACACCUGUCACUCUGUUUUACCACAAGCAGGAUUUGUUCACCUGUCCUCCAGAUAUCUCCCCCCAAAGGAGACAAAGAGUACCAGCUUUUCAAUAAGCAUUACCUCUGACCAAGGUCAUAAAGAUUAUAGUUCAUUCGAUCAGUUAAUUUGAUAGGUGUUGAGUACCCACAAAUUUGUAUCUAACGUAACUAGCAGUAGAGAUUACGAAGUUAGUUUUAGAAAAUAAAUGGUACAUAGACGUCACAUUUAUGGAGUUGAUACUCUACUACGUAAGCAAAUUCUUAGAUAAAAAAAGAAAUAAUGCAGUUAGAUAGUAAGGAGAUGACAGCCAGAACACAUCUCUUAUCAAGAAAUCACAACAUUUUCAUCUCAUGUUUUCUAAGGAAAUUGGUCCCUUUUUUCAUUCCUUCCUUCUUUCUCGUGCAAAACUGCUCAGUGGUGUUAGUAUUGAGAGGUUAUUCAGCCACAGUCUAUGUGGUGUGAAUUCCCUCUUGGCUUACCGCUUACUGCCAACCUACCUAGUACAUUUGUUAACUACCUUCUUUGGAGCAAUGUUAACUUGUCAUGGUUCAUCUAACAAAAGAUCACCUUAAAUUACAUCAUCUUUGCUGAUCUUAAACUCAAAGUCAGGUAUUACUGAAAUAAAAUGUUCCUAGGGUGUGUUUUUCUGGAAAAUAUCCAUUAUGAAUCAAACUGUUUAGAGUGUUGGCUUGAAAACGAUGGAGCUAGCUACUCAGAAAAUCAUAGGCGGAAGACUAAUAUAACAACGAUUUUUCAUGGUUUGAGGUUUUAAAAGAAAGGCCAUUUAGAGUAUUGCAACAAGAUUAUCCUACUCAUCAUUGCCAAAACACUUUAAAAAAUUUAAAGGUAGAAGAAAGUGAUUUUUCUCCUCAGCAUACAUACUUUAUGACAAGACUUCUCAGAUAUUAAUUUGGGGGACUUGAUUAAAAAAAAGGUCAACAACAUAUAAUAGCAUUUGUGGGAAAAUAAUACCCUGGGAUCAGAUAUAAGUAGAUAUAUUUGCUUUUGUGAAUGGUAAAGGCAUGGAAUUCAGUAUUAGAAAUGAAGCAGUCUUUAAAAUCUGCCGGAUACAAUGACUGAAGUCUUAAGUACUCGUAUUCUGUCUGGAGCUGUAUUCUUCAUACCACUGUACACCCUAUUAACAGGGCCUGAAACUUGAGCUGCAUAGUGUUCGGCUUGGAGAAUCCACUGUUGGGACAGGUAGGAAUUGACGAUAAGCUGUGGGAUGAGAAUGAAUUGAAAUACAGUUUCAUUGACAGAUUUCUCUGCACAUCCACUUCGCAAUGGCUAGGUUCCUUGUUGCCCAUUAUUAAAUUAUGGGGAAAGAAACUUUAUUAGUUAGAGAUGUCAGAAGAACAACCACUGAAGGUACAGGAAGGAAUGAGGGGGGGAUCAUACUUCUGUGUUGUCCAGAGAAGCCUUUUUCUUACCGUGCCAGCCAUAGGCACCUUCUGCUUUCAACAUGGAUGCCAAAUACAAAUCAUGCCAGUUAGGAAGGGGAUAAUAGAGUGGCCAGUUCAUCAGACAUUAGAAUUCAGCCUUGAUCUUGAGGUAAUAAUCUGAUGGUCUUGUUACAUGGAAACCACAUUACUACGAAUUUAGGUAAGACUUUAUUUUAUAAUUGCAGUAGUCUGUAAGAUCUACUGUGUCAUUUCUUCAACCAUUUAAGAUUUGUGAAGCUUCUUGAGGCUGAAAAAACAGGUGACAAGGAGUAGAUUGUGACUCUUGCCCCCCACCCCCCUUAGAAAUACAAUUUACCACCAUCCUCUUUUCCUUGGUGCAGGUUAACUGAUUUGGAAAUUAGUUGAAUAUAGGCAUUUAGUUUUAAACUAAAAUCAUGCUGCAGUUUCCCGAAGUUGAUUUCACAGUGGUCAUCAAAGUCAUUCUCAGGGUUAACACAGGAAUGCAAAUAUCUGCCUCAAUUUUUACUUCAUUGAUGAGUUUUUGAAGAGUGCAGGAAUUCUCUCAAGUGUAUGGCUGUAAGUAGAUUUUGAAUGAAGUCUCAUAAAUUAAGCUAGCUAAUCUGUAUGUAUCUGUAAAUUCUGCAGAUGUUUCCCUGGUGACUUCUGAGAAUGAAUGAUGGUUGUGUAGUGACUCAAGUAGCUAAUAAAGAAAGCCUAACCCACUGUUGGGAAGAAUUUGCACCUACUUGGUAAUGGUGGCUGAGAGAAAAUAAGUAGUUUAUAGGAAGUCGUUUUUAAAUCAGAGUUUGCAGAUAGAAACAGGAGAAUAUCAGCUCAACUCCGGAACUUUUAGAAUGUGUUCUCUUGCAUCUAAAUCUAAUUGCAGUGAAAAAGCCCAGCCAUUGAUUGUCUCAAAUUUCUCUACUUGGGUAGUAGUUCUUGAAAUUCCAAGAAAAAUCAAGUAGAAAGAAAGAAACACUUUGUAAAUAAGGCUUGGCCUUCUGGAAAAAUUGUUUACAGGUUGUGUGAAAGGAUUUAAGCUCAUUGGAAGUGUAGUGGAAAUGUGGAGAGCAACGUGGGUAAAGGGAACUACCUCACUCUUUGAAGGUUUUGUAGAAGUACAAUCAAACCUCCUAAAACGUCUUUGUCACAUAUGGACCAUCUGGUGUGAAAGAACUCUGUAUUUGUAGUGUUAAAGGACCUGGAAUAAUUGUAUUUUGCUGGCAAUAGACACAUUCUUUAUUGUUUGCCGAUUCCUCAUCAAAUCUUUAAUUACGCACUUGUUUCUGUCAUCAAUAAAACAACUUAAGAGAA